UGUGACCAACGGUUCUCGCAGAUCAAUGUCGUAUUGUAUGGAUCAUCGUUGAGAUGGCUGCUCGCCGACAGUCUACCCAGAUUCCUCUACCACCUCGAACAUGGAGGCAUUCGUCCCGCGACAGGUCUACCCUAACCUGUCCUCCAUACCGAGAUCGUAUUAUCUCGGCCACCAUGCCGCCGGGCUCUCCAAGAUGAGAUCUUUGGUCUCUCAGAUCGAUUUGGUCAUCGAAUGUCGCGAUUACCGCACCCCCAUCGUCUCCCGUAACCCGCUGUUCGAAGCGAACCUGGGAGAACGACCACGGUUGAUUGUCUACACCAAGCAAGACUUGGGGAGCAACUCGACGAGCGAAGACAGAAAAAGGGAAAACACAAUCAGAAAAUGGGACGCUCCUUCCACAUCUUUGUUCACCGACAUCAAGUCUCGGUCGACGAUAAGUAAAGUCCUGGACUUUGCACGAGCUCACGCCAACCACUCUACUUCACUCUUCGGAACACGUCUCAUGGUCGUUGGCAUGCCCAAUGUCGGCAAGUCUUCGCUCCUGAAUGCGCUUCGCAACGUGAGUCUGGGCAAGAAGAAGGCGGCGAGGACAGGAGACCAGCCCGGCGUGACGAGAAAGAUCGGUACGAGCGUCAAGAUCAUCGAGGGCGACGAAGGGAGAGAGGGAGUCUACGUUCUCGACACGCCGGGAGUGUUUGUCCCGUACGUACCUGACGCCGAGAGCAUGCUCAAGUUGGCACUCUGCGGGAGUGUCAAGGACACCAUAAUUCCACCGACGACCAUCGCCGACUACCUCCUUUUCCACCUCAAUUUGAACGACCCGACUCUGUACAAUAUGUUCUCCGGACCGACCAACGACAUCUUUGUGGUGCUCGAAGCACUCGCUCGCAAGCAAGGUCGCCUGAAAAAGGGUGGUCUCCCUGAUUUUGAAUCUUCAGCGUUGCAGUUUGUCCAACGCUGGAGGAGUGGUCAGAUGGGUCGAUUCAUACUAGACACUGUGACGGAAGACGCCUUGACCAAACGACUGGAAUUGCUCACCUCGUACGGAGGCAGUCUACACCAGGCUCGCAAGGCGGCCAAGCAACUCAGAAAGGAAGCCUAUCUCGGAGGAGGCUGAGUAAUUGAGAUCCACGGACUCUAGCAGUAGUAUGAGUCUAUUACUCUUGCAGGUCAGUUUCCAACUGAUCUCGCAUUAUCGUCAACAGCAUUCGCUUGGCUGGCUCCUGCACCGCAGGAUAUCGACUCCGCACAGACUCCAGUCCUACAACGAGACUAUGAACAAGGCAUGGCGGGCUUCCAAUAGUCAAUGCCAUGGAAAGACCUGUCGAUUCUGUCGAUGAAGAUAAAAAUCUCGCGCAGUGUUGAUAUACCCUCGUCGCCCGACUCUUGCGAAAUUUCGCUGGCGGCGGGCAACACCCUUGCUCCGUGACGUCAAACCCCUUUAAGCAGGCUGCCAUUCGGUACCUUGUCGACAUUGAUUGUGAUGCAUCAGGGUGCCUGUUCAAUCUAGAAGGACAAGCUACUUGAAGGAAUAGGCACAGGCCUAUCUCUCGACUCCAUCAAAUCCCAUUAUAUGUAUAGACGUACAUAUACCAGUGCUGAUACUUGUAUUUGUUCCUGUUCUUGUCCUCUCAAAUUUGAUCUCAACGAAUGCAUCU